UCCUCCUCGCGCACACAACCGAUCUUCGACCCCUCCGAAGAGUGUACAGAGGAGAUACUCCACGCAUCCCACCGCCAUGUACUUGGCCUUCAAGCUCUACAUGAGCUUGGUAGGCUUCUUUUAUGGCGGUGUGGUCUGUGGCAAUCCUCCUCUCCUCCACGACAGGGCAGCGACGAAAACACAUCCACACAUCAUAAUGCCAUGACCCUCGCCUUGAGGUCUAAAUACUCGUAGGCCUGGUUCAUGGCAUGUGGUUUGUGGCUACUAAUCUCCCUGCCCUUUUUAGAACUUGACGGUCAUGGUACCCCGGUAGUCGAUAGUAUGGUUUCUCCUUUUUAAUUGAUUUGUGCCUGAUUUCUUUUUCGGUUCGGUAGUUUGAGUCAUGAUCUAGGUUUAGUUCCACUUUGUUUCGGUUAAUUGAUGAUACGUGCUGUCUUCUUGUUUUGGUAACUCCUUUCAUUCAUCUUUGUUUGGAUCCACUAUAAUCCUAUUAGAUCUAUGAUAUGGUGCCUGUUUUAUCGUUUUUCUUAUGGAACUUUUUGUUUGGGCACGUUCUUUGUUUGUUCUUUCGGGUCUGUUCGUUAUAAAAGUUAUCUUUCCCCUCUUUGGACGUACACCUUCGUAUAGUCCAUUGGUCUCGACUGCUGUGACAUGUGUUAACCAUGAACUGCAUGAUUUGAGGCCUUGUAGUUUUGUCCUGGUUGUUGUUAUUGGAAAUCUCUGACCUGUUCUUAUUUCCUGUGCACUAUGUGUAGAUUCAUAAACUAGCUUACAUGACUGUAGAGUGAAUAUAAAUCAGUUGGAUCUGGUUCUUUACCAUGAACUGCAUGAUCUGGGCCAUCAUAUUUUUGAAAUGGUUUUAGCUAUUGGUACCCUCUGAUGUGUUGUUAUUUCCAGUGUUCUGUGUGUUGAUUCAUAAACUAGCUUAAUUGACUGUGGAGUGAAUAGAAAUUCUUUGGAUCUGGUUCUGUCCAUUUACUUUGGUUUUUGUCUUUAUGUUGAUUUGAAAUGUUUAUUUUCAUGUGCAUUGUUUGUGUUUUUGACAGCUUACUUAACUGUAAAAAACGUGAAAAAUUGCAUCAGACGUCCCCUGAUUGUAUCCAUUGUACUGCCUUGAUCUGUGGUUGCUGUACCAGUUUGAUUAUGCAGCUAUACCUGCAUUUUAUGUUGGUGAAAAAUCGCAUCAGUCAUUUGGCCUGACGAAAUUAAGGAACUUCAGCUAUAUUGGUGUUUGUUACUGACUGAUCUUGCAUCAGUGUUUGUCACUUUUUCUGUGAAGGUCAAUGUCAUAUAGAAAAAUAGGUUAACAACAGUUAUCCUUGUGUGCACUUUCCUUUUGUUUUCUAAUAUUGUUUCUUUCAGGGCUCCGAGGCUGUUCUUAGGGAUACAGUUAAGCAAGGGGUUCAGGUUGGUUUGAGAAAUGCUUUCAAGGAUUUGAACUUUGAGGCUGGUGCCAGUUCAGAGGUUAGAUUUGUUGUGGUCAGAGAGGUUGUAGAUGCAGCAGUCGUUGAUGCUCUUAAAGAGGCCAACCUCUACUCUGAUCAACUGCCUGUCCUAUUUGAGGAGCAAGAAUUUAUCAAACUUGCUGUUAAACAGGGUUUUACUGAGGCCGUUCAAGAAAUGGAACAGCGCAGUACUUGCCAAACGCCCCUUCAGAAGGGGGUGUUUGACACUGCUAUUGUUGGUCUUAAAAGGGAUCUGGAAUUGGCUUCUAAAACUACCAUGCAAGAACUGAAAAAUGGCUCUGAUGAAAAGUUUGAAUCGGCCAUGGACAGCUUGACAGAAAAGCUGAAUGUUUUUAUGCGAACAUAUGAAGACAUGUUUUCUGUUUAUGAGGUAGUAGAUGUGGCUUCACGAACUGACACCACUAUGGAAGGAGAUGAGCCUGAUCAAACAAACUCAACCAUGGAAGGGGGUGAUGCUGAUGCGACAAAGUUUACCAUGGAAGUAGCUAAGGCUGAUAGUACAAACAUUAUAAAGUAAUCUGAUGGGACAAGCUCUACCAGAGAAGAAUCUGAGGCUGGUAAACAAAACUCUAAAAAGGGACGCAAGACAAAGUUUGACUUAUUUGUUGAACAGUACAAACAAGACACUGUCAAAACUCAGGGGGUCCUCGAUAUACUGGUUGGUAAGCAAGCAGAUAUAGUUGAUGAUUGGUACAAAGAGAUGGCUGAGAAAUUCUUAGAUGAAACCUGGAUGAAAAGGCUCAAGGUGAUCAAAGCUGUAGUUCCUCACGUGGCCAAAAUCUUUUUCCUCUAUGUGUUUGUUAAAAUGAUGCGGCAAAGCAAAGUUCCUAUAUGGAAAUACCCUGCGGCUGCUCGAGCUGGCAGGUUAGCCGCAUCGCAGAAAAUUUUGGAAAUGCUUGAGGAGGCUGAGAAGCUCGAAAAGGCUGAGAGGCUGAAGAAUGGCGGAGACAGCAAGCUGUUCUCGAAAAUGUGGGCGAUCUUGAAGAGUGGUGGCACUACUUCUGGAAAGGGUGAGCAGAAGCCGGGGAAGGAUGUGCCGAAGCAGGGUGGGGAUGAGGACAAGUCAGGGGAGGAUGGACCCGACGAUUAGUUUUAGUCGAUUUCUUUUGUUAGCAGUAUGUUCCUUCUGUUGUACUUGGUUUUUUGCUAGCAUCUAUAUGCAGUGAACUGGGUAACUUUAGUUGGCAGCUUGUGAAUCAAACUGUGGUACUACUCUA